GAGCUUCCCUAGACAUACACUGUCAGCUCCACACGCCGCGCCUUGUAGCACGUAAUCCCGAAGGACCUCCUCAAAAUGUCGCUAGAGCCGCCGGCGUACCUUACCUCGAUCCAAAACAACAUCCGCGCGCGCCCAAUAUCAUGGGAAGGCGCAGUGCGGGCCAAGACCAUCACGGAUGCAGACCUUAAGAAGAUCAAGUCAAUUGACAAGGUGCGCAAGGAGCAGCGGAAACAGACAAUCGAGGCGGAUACGGAUAGCUUCGUGACGUUGUUGCUGGGCGGAAAUGGAUCGCAGAGCAUCUUCGAGGCGGCAGCCAAACGCCAGGACAUUAUCCACUACAUGCUGGUGCUGCUGGGGGAUAUGCUCGAGGAUAUCCCCACUCUCACCUCAGCUCUCGUUCAGCACCCAACGCCGUACAAGCCUUUCCUGCCGCUUCUGAAAGCUUCGUCGAACAGCGAGGAUCCUGUUCCACUGCUCACGUCUUCUGUACUCUCGGGUCUGCUCUCCUACGCUGUCAUCCAGCCCUCGAAGACCACGUCUCAAGUCGAUGAGGCCCUGCCCCAGCUUUUUACGUACCUUUCCACACUUGCAAAGGCGUCAGAUGCUGGCCUUCAGGACAUUGCUGUGCGGGAGUUUUCAGCUGUCCUUCGAAGCGCCAGGUCUCGGCAAAUUUUCUGGAAGCACAGGAAAGAAACCCUUGAUCCUCUGUUUGACAUUCUGCGAGCAGCAGCAGGGUCCACCAAGGACCAGGAUUCGACGCUAUACAGCGGCGGCGGCACCGCUAGCAUUCGUAGCACUGAAGGUGGCUUGUCAGGUGGUGUAGGACUACAGCUCCUCUACCAUGUUCUACUUGUCAUCUGGCAGCUCAGCUUUGAGGGUCAACUAGUCGGCGAGGGGCUCCAAGAUGAGCACGACAUUGUCAUCUUGUACACACAUCUCCUGCGCGUCUCACCCAAAGAAAAAACUACGCGCCUUCUACUCUCGACCCUCGUGAACCUGUUGAACACCAACCGAAACACCCUUCUCCCCUCGGCAGUCCUCGCCCGCCUACCAGCACUUCUCUCGAGCCUGAAAUCACGCCACUUGACAGACGAAGAUGCUCUUGAGGAUCUGCAGUCACUGAACGAACUCCUCGAGGAAUACACCAAGACUCAGACUACCUUCGAUGAGUACGCCGCCGAGCUACAGUCCGGCCACCUCCGCUGGUCACCACCUCACCGUAACCCCGACUUCUGGCGUGAGAACGCGCGCCGCAUCUUGGAAGACAACAAGGGAGAGCUACCUCGCAAGCUUGCGGAGAUCAUGUCCAAGAGCUGGGAAACCGACAAACAGGUGCUGGCUAUUGGAUGCAAUGACGUAGCAUGUCUCGUCAAGGAAGUUCCAGAAAAGAGGCAACAGCUGGAGAAGCUAGGUCUGAAGGGCAGGGUUAUGGAGCUCAUGCAAGAGGCAGACGAGAGUGUCAGGUGGGAGAGUUUGAGAGCGGUAGGAGAGUGGUUGAGGUACAGCUUCGAGUCCAAGAGCCAGUUGCCGAUUAGAUGAUGUGGUGAUUUGGUUAGUAGUUUCGAAGCUCCUUGGAGCUUGCAAGUCUUUCAUAUCUGUCCUACCUCUUUGCACUCGAUCUUCUUUGCAGAUCUUGAUACAGUGAUAGGAUAACUCAGUACAUAAAUAACAAGCGUCUUCACCAAGACUGAACCCUGUUUCAUUCCAGC